ACAAAGGUCAAAUUUAAAGAUAUACGUUAGGAGACUCUUCACAAAUGUUUCAACGUUACCGACACGUAACCAGAGUUCACCGAACACCGUCCUUCACGUUUUGUUUAUAAAACAAGAGAUAGUCUCGGGUUUGAGUAGCGAUGGAGAACAAGACCAAUAAUGGAAACGAGGACGGUCCAAUAAUACAUAGCCAAGUGGUGAAGAUAAAGAAAGAGUUUGAGAAGAUAAGGCAACCGUCCCUGCAGCAGCCGAAGAUGAGGAGGGUUCUUAGCGAGAUCAAAAGGCGUCAACGUUCACGUUCUCCUCUCGGUUUAGGGGAGAGGUCUAUUUCCGUUGGGAAUUGAUCCAUGUUUGACUUUGUAAUCGAGAGAGAGAUGUAAAAAAAAACAACAGGUAGAGGUGGUUCCUAAAAUAGUUGACAGGUUUUGUUGUAUAUAUUUUGCUAUGUAAAAUACUCUUUGGUAUGUAUAUGAUGGAUACGUCUCCCCUCUUUGCAUAGUAAAACUCUGUUUAACUUUUCUUUCGA